UGAUAAAACCUCUCGGUCUCGGCCAAUUGUUCUGUUCUCCUCAAGCACCGACUGUCAAAGCAUAAACCACCCCUUUUAUCGCCAUGGAGAACUUAUUGGGUUGUUGGUUUCACCAGCUCCUCUCCUUCUACAUAUCCAUCAACGCCACCAUUCUUCGAAACAUUUUUAACCCCCUCAUCCACUUCAAAUGGCAACCAAUCUUCGUCCCCUUGCUCGAUUCAAUCUUAUCCGUCUAUUUUCGCUAUUGCCAUCUCCAACCCUGCACCCUGGACCUGGAUAUGCAAACCACCCUGCACUUUUGGACCCCUGCUCACCGGAAAAUCAACAAGCCCAAUCUGGUUUUAGUCCACGGCUUCGGGGGCAACUCAAAGUUUCAGUUCCUAUUCCAAAUCGGCACAUUGGCCCGAUCCUUCAACCUCUACAUACCCGACCUCCUGUUCUUCGGGAAAUCCUACACCCGCAGCCCCGACCGGACGGACGCUUUCCAGGCGAAGUGCUUAAGUGAAGGCUUGAGAAGAUUGGGUGUGGACAGGUACUCCAUUUACGGGAUCAGUUACGGGGGCUAUGUGGCUUAUCGGACGGCUGCCAUGUCUUCUGAAGCUGUGGAUAAAGUCGUUAUACUGAGCAGCGGAAUCGGGAUGACGGAAGAUCAAAAGGAGGAGCAUCUCAGGAAUAUAGGAAGGAAUGCUGUGGACAUACUCCUGCCUCGGAAACCGGCGGAUCUACGGUUGUUAGUGACUCUGUCUUUAUGCAACUGCAAUUUUAUCAACUGGGUCCCAGAUUAUUUCCUCCGGGAGUUCAUCACCGUGAUGUGCAACACCAUCAGGAAAGAGAAAAGUGAGCUAGUGGAACACUUGUUAGCAAAGAAAGCAGAUAGCAGUCUUCCAAUUUUAGAUCAGGGAACAUUGCUUAUCUGGGGUGACAAGGACAUGGUUUUCCCUCUUGUUUGCGGACGUGAAUUGCAUAGACAUUUGGGGUCAAAGGCAAAGAUGGAAAUACUUGAGAACGCCGGGCAUGCAGCAAACCUGGAAUCCUCGUACUUGGUGAAUGAAUCCAUCAAAGCAUUUCUAUUGAAUUGCUCCGCAAAACGAGGAGGUUGUACGCUAGUAGAAAGACAGAGAUCCUCGACGAAUGGCUUGCAUUUACUAAAUGCACAUUUCACGGGUGCAUAGUACAGUAUUAAAUUUGACAGAGAUCACAGAACAAGUGCCUUAUUUAUUGGAGUAGCAUAUAUAUAGUCAGUAGUGAUUGUCGCUGCGAAGUACCCUUUCCCUUUGGCUGGCCAAUUACUCAGGUUCAAUCAAGGAUUUAAACUGUAACACUAGUACUAUUCAGCUCAUCGUUGUGUCACAACCCCCCAAUGAAACUCAUUACUAUUUGCGUUUCUUACAAGACUAUAUAUGUUAAAUGCCGCAUAUCGGGGAGAUUAUAGAUA